CCGGCGGGGCGGAGGAGCGACGGGAGCAGCCGCUGGAUCCGGCCCUGCUGGACCUGCUCGUCUGCCCGCUCUCCAGGAAGCCGCUCAGGUACGAGGAGUCAAGCCAGGAGCUGGUGAACGAGGAGCUGGGGAUCGCCUACCCCGUCGUGGACGGCGUGCCCAACCUCAUCCCGCAGGCCGCCAGGACGGUGGCGCGCCCGUAGCCCGCCCAGCAUGGCGCUGUCGUUGCCCACCCUGACGGUGCUGGUGCCCCUGGUCUCCCUGGCGGGCCUGCUGUGGUCCGCCCGGCUGGACCCGGCCUUCCCCCGCAGCUGUACCAGUGCCACCAGCCUCUGUUUCUACAGCCUGCUGCUACCGCUCACCGGGCCCGUCUUCGUCUUCUUCCACCUCUGGGCCUGGAUGGGCAUCAAGCUCUUCCGCCACAACUAGCGCCCGCCUGCCCGCGGGGCGUCCACGCUGUUCCCCCCCCGACCCGGGGGAGGUAGGCCCAAGUUUCGGUGUCCCGCUUACAGACCGCCUGACGCCUCCUCCCUCCCGUGGAGACAUCACGAUGACGGGCACCGGACCCCUGUCUGUCAGUAAAUCAUCUUUCUGGAGCGCUUACUGCGUGCACAGCACUGUAAUAAGCGCUUGGGAGGACGACGGAACACAGUCGAUGGGGGAAGCGGAGUGGAAAGAGUUGGACCUGGGAAUCAGAGGCCCUGGGUUCUAAUCCCAGAUCCACCACUCGCCCGCUGCGUGACCUUGGACAAGUCACUUCCCUUCCUCCGGGCCUCUUUCCUCAACUGGGGAUUCAGCACCUGUUCUCCCGCCUGCUUGACCGUGAGCCCCACGUGGGACGGGGACCGCGACCCACCGGAUGAUCCCGCAUCUAGUGCUUACGACAGUGCUUAACGCAGAGCAGGGGCUUAAUAAAUGCCAUUCAAUAAAAAAUAGUCAUAAUGGGGCGUUAAAUGGCUAAUGGAAUGAGCCGUGCUGAAUCACCUUGCAAGCUACAGCAACGUAAACGCUCGCUGACCGGAUGUGAUACGAAAAUGAAAAAAUCUGAAAUAAAACAGGAAGCUGAUGGAAUCA